UGCCGUGGCAACCCCUCCGCCAGUCCCCGCGGCGGGGCGGGCGCGGCCGCGUUCCCCUUCCGGGUCGGCGCGGAGCGGCGGGCGCUGCACGUGUGGCGCAGCAGAAUGAUAAUAAAGAAAAAGAGGAAAGAAGUUCAUGAGGAACCUGUACAGAAAAAGAAAAAGGUGAAAAGUAGUAGGAGCCAGACUAUCAUUAAAAUUGAGAAAGAUGUUCAAACCGUCAUUAAAACUGAGGAUGAUGACCAGCUUGAGACAAAAACAAAGGUAAGGAAAAAGGAAAAUUUAAAAGAUGAUGAAUGUUUAGACCAAUUAGAACUGAAGAAGAAGAAAAACAAGAAAAAGAAAGUUGGCUCUGAAUUACUGAAAGAAGCACAUUCAGAAGGCUUUGUGAAUGUAGAAGGCCAUCUGGAUUCAGAACCUCAAGAAGAAUCAGAGGAACAAAUUAAAAUUCCCAAAAAGAAGAAAAAAAAAGUCCGAUGUCAUUCCUCCUUAUCAUUGGAGAAUAAUCAGAGUAAUGAUGUGGAGCUUUCAAAUCAUCAUACAGAUGGUACUGAGGAAAAUGAAUUUGCUUUUAAAAAAAGCCGAAAGAUUACCACUUUGAAUUCAGAAUUGGAUGUUGAAGUAACUAAGAAAAAAAAGAAGAAAGGUAUUUUUUCUUUUUCAUUAGAGGACAUCCAGGACAGUGAACAUAAACAGUCUGAAAAAGUUCAUAAAAAGCCACACAAAUACAUUUCACAAGAAAAAGCUUUUACGGGCGAAAACUGUGGAACAGAUAUUACCCAGAAUGAUGGGGAGAGUUAUGUGAGAAGAAAGAAGAGGAAGAAAAAGAAAGAGAAGUCCAACUCCUUUUUCCCACUAGCAGAUAAUCAGGACAUCUAUGGAGUUCCUGAUAGCCCCAUUGCAUUAAGUGACUUAAGAAAAAGGCAAAGAAAGAAUUCCCAGGAAAUGACAUUGACAGAUAGAGAGGAAGAGGGCAGUACUGAGAACUCCAGAAGUAUCAGAGAGACCAAGAGGAAGAAGAAGAGAAGCAAAGAUAUUUCUUCCUUAACAUGUGAAGAUAAUCAAGACAACGGUCACAGAGUUCCUGAUAAGCAUCUCUCAGCACAGCAAAAAGUUGAGUCUGAGGAAGAAGAGCUUUCUAGAAAAAAAACCAGGAAGAAUAUCAAGGAUAAUAAUGAAGUUACCAAGAAGAAAAAGAAAAAGAAGAUUCAGAAAGAGGAGGAAGAAACAACAUACUCAAAAGUUUCUUUAAACAGUGACAGUGCAUCUGAAAGCCAAAAAAUAACACUACUAGAAAGCAAUAAAAAGAACAAAGAGAGCGAAAUGAAGCAAGCUGAAUGUGUCAGAGGGGACGCUGUAGAUGGGGUGUUAAGCAAUAGUAAUCAUAUGCUGUGUGACAGAAAAAGAAAAAAAAGAAAAAAAGUACCACCACGGGACUUCGCUGAAGAACCAGGGUCAAAAGCAAAUACAAAAAAGAAAAAGAUCAAAACAGAAGACAUGGGAAAUGAGGCACUGAAACAUAUGGAUGAUGUAACUAUUGUGCAGGAAAAAAAAGGAAACUGUGAUGAAGUUAACAUAGACAAGGUGAGGCGGCAGGCUCUGCAAGAAGAAAUCGAUAGAGAAUCUGGCAAAACUAAGGUUUUCAGUCCCAAAGUGGAACGGGAUACCAAGUUUGGCCAGUGGAGUACAGCUGCUUUUCAAAGUUCUGAGGAAGAAAUGAAGUUUUUUAGACUGAUGGGUGGCUUUAAAAAGGGCUCUGCACCUAUCCAAAAUCUCUCAGCAACUACAAACAAACCGAACAUGGCUCUGAACAGGGAAGGGGAGGAGAAAUUACAGCAGGCUCUGAAGAUGGAAUUCGAUAAAGCAAUGGACUUGAAGCAACAUAGAGGAAUUGGUCUUGGAUUUCAACCUGCUGCCAACAAAAAAGUAUACAUAGACAAAUACACAUCUAGAUCUAUAAAAUUUGAAGAUUAAAACCCUGAAGUAAUAAAAGGAAUGAAAAUUCAACAGGCAAAUUUCUUUUUACUUGAAAUAAAAUACAAAAUGUUUAAGGAA